AUGCCUCCGAUAUCUUCUCAACGGCGCGCCCUCACCGAAGAGACCUCAUACCCGUCCGACCAUGAUAUCGAUUUUAUCUACGACGUCGUCAUCCGCGCCCAGGGCAAGCGUGAGGUUGAUCGGCUUCCGUUUCGAGCACUUUUCGCAGCAUAUGAUGAAUUGAUUGGGGAAAGAGGGGCUGAUGCAGAUCCAGGCCAUGCGUGCCUGCGUUUCCUCUUAAAGAUGGGCAGCAAAGGCGUGGAAGGAUCAACUCUGUUCGACAAAUUUGAGAAUGCGCUUCAGCAGUUGGGAAUUGAGAUUGAGCUUCCUCACAAUAAGGUUUCGACGGGACUUAAUGAUACGGCUGGUAAUGAGUCUUAUACGGUCAAUGACACUCGUGGCCAAGCUGCCGAUCAUCACGACGACCACCAUCCUCUCACCAAUGGAACACCAAUCACUCCAAAAAGACGUGCGUCAUUUAACACCACACUCGAUAUUGGAGAAGAUGCCACGCAACGAAGCGCUGCCGAAAGACCGAGUUCUCGAUCAUCCAUGUCGCGAUUACAGACCGGAAAACCCGAUUUCUCGAAGCUCAAAUUGUCGCCGAAGCCGAAUGGCAUCCAGAGUCAAACACCGAGAUCUCCGGAUCGAACACAAUUGAUCGCGCAGUUCUUAGACGUUGGCCGCCGUUUAAUAAGCAGAUUCGAUAGCGUUCAGAAAAAAGAUGUGGAGGAAGAGCCUGCGCCUUUGACAAAUGGAGUAGUGGCACGAGCUGCCGUUGAUCGCGAUCGCUCCCAAAGAAUGGUUGCCUCUUCGCAAUCUCGUCGCACACCUUCCGUGGCAUCUUCGAGUAGCUUUGAAUCCGAAGAAUCACGAUCCAGUUUGUCUCCGGCGCCAGAGCAGGAUUCGUUUGAAAAAGAGAACCCACCGCCUGAACUUCUUGACAGACCCCAAUUGUCAGAUUUACUACGCGAUGCGUACACUUUCAAUAGGCUCCGGCAGCGGGCCAUGUGUCGCAAGAUAUUAACACAAUGGCUGAAACUUACCUUUAACACAAGACAAACCCGUGUAACGAGAGAGAAAAUCGCUGUGAAUCAUGACCGAGGUACCUUACUUCGUCAGGCUUUCGACCCAUGGCGAGCAAUAAUCCAGCAGAAGCGCCAUGUCGCUAGAACUGAUCGCUUUUUUAAGCAUCUUGACGAACGCGCUAUUCGUGCUCGGGAUUUGUAUCUGAUGACAAAAGCCUUUACCCACUGGGCUCAAUUUACGUCUGAAGAGGUUGCUCGAACAUCAGCAGCCCGAAAACAUGUUUUAAGUAUAAAGUACUUCAAUGCUUGGCGUGAGAUUACUGCGGUAAACGAGCUCAAAGCGCAACGCUUUGCCUUACAGAGGCCAUUCAAGAAAUGGCGCAAGAAAGCUUCAGAUCUCAAGCAGGCCGAAGCUCAAGCAGUCACGAUUCACAAAAAAAAUUUACAACAUGCUUCAUAUUGGCAAUGGUUUUGGGGAUUCUGCGAACGCCGUGCGCCGGAAUGGUAUGACUACCGAUUGAAAAGACGCUCUUUACUUUACUGGCUGCAAAACUUUCGGACCAAUCGCGAGCGGGACCACGAAAUUGAUGUGCAUAAUAGGCGUUCAUCUGCCGCAUCUGUGCUUCAAAUAUGGUCUCAGAAAACCAAAUCUAUUGGAGAAAUGCAGCAUUUGGCUGAAAACACAGAACGGGCUUUGGUACUAAGAGAUGCGUUCGGCGAGUGGAAGGUCCAAUCCCGUCUGGCACCAGCAGCAUCUCGAAUGACAGAAAGGGUGGAUACCAGAGUCCUUCGAAAUGCAUUUGCGAAAUGGGUCUCGAAGGCUCGCAUGAUCGGUGAAGCCGAAGAGAUGGAUCAACUUAGAAUCCAGCGCAAUGCAUGGACAGCUUGGAACGAUACACUUCGGUGCUUAGCCCUUCGUGCUCGAAUUAACGAACGAUUGAAAAUGGAAGUCAUGUACAAGUGGAUUCUCAUGGAAAGAUUCCAGCUCAUGCGCAGGAUACAUGAGCAACGUAUUAAACGCGAGGUGUUUAAUCGAUUUAUUACGAACACGCGAGAUACAUACACACGAUUGCUGUUCAAUGCAGAGGCUCAUGAGGAACAUCGGUAUGAGGAUUUGGCACGCUCCAAAUUAGCAAUAUGGCGUGACCAACUAUUGCUUCAGCGUGAACGAGAAUAUACUGCCUUUGAGUUCUAUGCACCUCGGUUAGCGCAGGAAUCUCUCAUGGCUUGGAAAGCAAAACAUGAGAAGAUCCAGCAAAUGGAAGGAUGGGCCGACGAUGCCCGCUUCUACUUUCUAAUGAAGCGAUCUUUGAAGGGUUGGCGACAAGCUUCGCUUGAUUCCGCCAAACGAAGGCGGAAAGAAGCAUAUGCUCAAGUACGCCGAAAAAUUAAAAUGAACUUGGCUUUUAAAGCUCUAACUGCUUGGAGAUCUAAAACAGGCGUCAUCUUGGAUAUGGAGCAACAAGCAGAAGACCUUGACCGUGCCGCAGUUCUUGAUGAUGCAUUCAGCUGUUUCUCUCGCUGGCAUAACAAAGCCCUUAAAAGAGUACAAGAUUAUCAGGAUGCCGAUUAUCAUUAUUUGCGCCAAGUUGCCUUUGAUCAACUCAUCCAAAUGUCGGAAACCUUUGUCAUUCGUCGUGAAAUGGAAGACGAGGCAGAUCACUUUCAUCGCAGCCAUGUUCUCCACCAAGCCGGAGCUGCACUACGUAAGCUGAGCCUUCGUAUCUUCCAGAUGAGGAAUACAGUUGAAACAUCCGAAGCAAUGCGCGAGAGAACUUUCCGAAAACAUUCAAGGAACUUGUUCCGUAUUUGGUUGGACAGUGCUCGUCUUAAACUGGAAGCACGGGAUUCGCCAGGCCCGUCCUUGGGCCCCUCCACGACACCUGCUCGGUUCUCCAAUAUCCCUGAUGUUGACGGUGCCGGAUCAUUGUUUGAUCCAUGGUAUCGGAACCCAGCCGAGACACCUUUCAAACUUGCCGACAUGACGACAACCUCGCAGGAGCUGGUCUCCGCAAGCCCAUUAGCCACGCCAAACUACAUGACCUCCCCAUCUAAACGAGCUGCUCGUGCACGAGCCCUGGCUCAAAUGUCCACUACCCCUGCCACACCCUUACACACGCCUUUUGCUAGUCGAUUACUUCGUGCCGAAAGCUCGACUGGCCAAUCAGCCUCCUCUCGAAGACCUCGUACAGGUCGAGGAAACUCCAUUGCAACAAGCGUUCGGUUUGUAGAUGACGACCUUCCUGAGUCUCCAACUGAUGGACGAAAAUCUUCGAGUCGAAGACCUUGA